AUGGCUUGUUGCCCGACGGAAGAGAAAUAUGGCUACGAACAUAGCAGGUUUGAGAAAGAUGUCGACGAAAAUUUUCAUUGCUCUAUCUGCUACAAUGUUCUUAAAGAACCAAGGAUGUGUAGAAAUAAUGAACACGUCUUUUGUCUUGCCUGUAUCAGUGAACAUCUGAAAGUGAAUUCCCAAACUUGCCCCGAAUGCAACGAACAUUUGAGUGUUGAUACGCUUCGUCGACCCCGUGUGUUGAAUAACAUGUUGUCUAAACUGAAGAUUAAUUGUGAUUAUGCCAAUCGAGGAUGUCCUGAGUUAAAUUGUGUUGCAAAUCUCGACACUCAUGUUGCCAAUUGUGGCUUUGCACCUGUGUUGUGUUCAAAUGCAGAGUGUGGUAUGGAGAUUAAUAAAAGGGACAAGGUCUAUCACGAGACUGAAGUGUGUGAAUACAGGAGAGUGAAAUGUCAUGACUGUGGACAGAUACAGGAAGAUGUUGGAACAUUGAAGGGAAGGUUGAUGGAACUGGAUGGGAAAGUGGAAGCAGUCAUGAGAGACAGCAAUGCUGAAGUAAAGAAAGAAAUAAAAGAUGUGAAAGAAAAUCUCUCGAAAGUGAACAAAGACGUGGACGAAGUCAAAGUCAUGAUGAGUCAAAUGUUAGAGAAGUUUAAUAUGCUUGAACUGCUCAGCAAACUGCCAUCUCCGACCGAGGGAAUGUUUAAUACACCUAGGGAAGAUAUUUUGAUUGCUGGUGGUUGUGGUGCGCGCGAUAGUGCGGAGAUAUUGUCCUGGUUGGGAGAAAAAUUGUUGGUAUGAGAUUUCCACAAUGAAUGAAGGAUAUACUGCAGCUUCAUCGUUUGUUUAUAAUGAUCAGCUAUUUGUUGUUGGGGGAUGCACUAUUACUAAGACAAUAGAAACCUUGGAUCUCAAUGAAUUACCUUUGAAAUGGAUGGAAUUUUCUGACAAACUUCCUUAUGAAAGUGAUGAUCAUCAAACUGUUGUUUACCAACAGCAUGUCAUUUACAUUGGUGGACAUAAUGAUGACGAGGAUAAAAAGUCUAACUAA